UUUAAUUUUUAGGCUUUCGAGCUUUUUAACGGCUUUUAAACAAAUUUUUUUUUCUUUUUUUCUCAAUUUCAGAUGGAACCAAAGGAAAUCGAUUCCCGUUUAAUAAAUAAUUGUCUUCGAGGCUUAAUAUUUUUUAAUGGACUUGAAUUAAACGGCAAAUGUGCUCAUCAUGAAGCUAUUUUCAAUGCUUUUACAGAUUUAAAAAGGGAAAGAUCGGUUCAAUGCCAAUAUAAAAUUCUUAAUUAUGGAGAUGAUUUUUUUAAGAGGAAUAAUUCAAAAAAGACUCCUCCAAACGACUCAAUUUCAAUUAAAAACAAACCUCGCGGAAUAAUUAAAUAUAAUUGGCAAUACAAAUAUUUGGAUGAGAGGCCGGCAUUAAUUGUUUUGUUUAUUGAUUUGGAUUGGGACAGCGAUAUGUGGCAACAACAGAAAAAUGAAUGCGAGUCGAGGCUUAAUGUUUUGAGGCAAUCAAUUGGCCAAUUAGAAACAAAACUAGCUUUAGUAUUAAUUCAAAAAGCAAAAACAACCGUUGACGACUCUAUUGCCACAGAAAAAGCAAUUGAAAUUUGUCAAUUUUGUAAAAUAUCAACCAGGCAAUUUUAUGUUUUUCCUCUGUUGACGGACAAAAAAGCUACGGCAGAAUGUAUUGUUCGGUUGGAAAUUGCUUUUUAUCAGAUUGCACAGGAGGCUUACCAGGCCUAUUUCAAAAAGAUUAGAGCUAGAAGUGUCCCAAAUAAUGACCAACAAGUCUUGUUAAGACAACAAUUUAAAUUGGCAUUUAUAUCAGAACUUAGAGAAGAUAGACAUUCUUCGCUAAGAUAUUAUAAACAAGCAUAUCAAAUAGCUGCAGAUUUGGAAAUGUUGGAAUUAUUUAUUUACGAAUUGAUUAAUAUUGCUGGAUUUUUAAAUUAUAAGAUUUGUGAAUUAAAUUUUAUUUUGAAUAGCCCAUUAGAAGCCCUCAAUCAAUUUAGAAAACAUUCCAGUAAUUUUUUCAAUCGACAAAUGGGGAAUUAUCCAAGUAAGGAAUUGGCUAUUAUUGAAUUUGUGUUGUGGAAAUCUCAACAGAAUCGCCUUUUUGCGGAUCUUUUUAAUUUUGCUGUCUCAAAUGGAGUAGCUGCUUAUGCCUCUCAAAAUCCUGGACGUUUUUUGGAAGAAGCUGCUUCUCAUUUAAAAAAGGCAAAUUCUUUAAUUCGACAAUUAAAAGCAAAAAAUGCUCAACAACAAAGACAAACAUGUUCAAUUAAUUUAGAUUUAAACGCCCCAACAAUUUAUUUUGGUCACAGACCGUGGUUAAAUAAUGAAACAAUUUUGGCUGAAAUGAAAGGAAAUUUACAGUUGGUGGAACACGCCGCUAAAAUUUUUCUUGAACAAAAUAUUCAAGAGAAUUAUUCCCAAUCAAUUCAACUGUUUUCUGCCGCAAUUGGCCAAUUUAAGCGUUAUCAUUGUAAAAGAUUUGCGACUUUGUCUUAUUUAAAUAUAGCUGAAGAAUAUAUUUGUUUUAAACAAUUUGGGAAUUCUUUACAGAUUCUCCAACACGUUUCAACAGAACUUCGUACAUCUUCAUUUUAUUCACUUUUGCGUAAUGUACUUGUAUUAAUGGCUAAUUGUGCUUAUUGCUCUUUAAAUAUUAAUGAGUGGAUUUUGGCUAUAGUCCAACUACUUCACUCCGAAAUGACAAAUUUAUCUUCUCUAAUAGAACCUAAUUUACUCGAAAAUGCUCAAAAUUAUUUUUCUGGACAUUCUUCUAUACCUUUUCCUAUUUUACCUAAUUCUCCUUUUUAUGAAGAAGAGAUUUGUUCUAUUCGUCCCCAAUGGGAACAAAAUUUAUCAGUUAAUGAAGGGAGAAGACAGCAAAAUUUAUUUCAACUAGAAUUGAGUCAACUGGGGAAUUAUUCUUUUUUAAAUUGUAAAAUACGUUUUUUGCCCGUUAAUAUAAACAAAACAACAGAAUUUGAGGAAGACAAUGAAAAUAAAUAUUUAAAUAUACGUUCUGGAGAUUCUUUACCUAUUGAGGUUCUUCUUAAAAACAAUUCUUGUUUGUCACUUAACCUUGCCAAUUGUACAAUUUAUUUGGAACAAAUUUCUCCAAUUAGUGGAAAAACAUUAAUUACUUUAGAUAAUUGGAGUCUAAUUAAUUGUGAUAAUAAAGAGAGCAAUUCCUCCUCAAUUUUAUUAAAUCCAAAUCAAGAAAUUGCUCUCCUUUUUAUUUUAAAGCCAAAAAUCGGGAAAGAAUUUUUUGAAGAAAAUUUAAAUAAACAACAAAAUCGGGCACAGAGUCCUUCUUCUGGCAAUAAAAAUAUUUAUUUGGAUAUUUGUAUUCGUAGCUUUGCUGUUAGAUUACCCAAUGGAUGUUUUAUUUGGGAAAAUGUUAAGUCAACUCAAUCGUUAGUUGAUAAUUCUUGCUAUCUCGUUGAAAAUUCGAUAGUCAGAGUUAUCCCUCGCCAAAAGAGAUUUUCAAUUGUCGGUCCUCCUAACAAAAUAAAUUUGUAUAUAGACGAAUCAAUUGAAAUUGGUUUUUCAUUAUUAAAUAAUUUGGAAGAAUGUGAAGAUUUGAAUAAUAAUUAUUUGCCAAAAAGUUUAUUGUGA